CUCUUAUGAUUGGUCACUUUCAUCGUAAUCACACCCACAGGGACAUCCUUGUACCUUGAUUGACAGCUCUCAUUACAGGAAGGCACGGAGUCAAAGUAUCUGACGGAGUUCAGUGAUUCAGUUAACACUGCACAGUGGACGGAAUGGCGGCUACACCUGAAGAUGUAGGCGACAUAGUCAGACGUGAGAUUACUUCCAGGCUGAUCAUUAAAUUAGAGUCAGCGCUUUCAAGAACGCCUCUUGACUUGGACUUCUUACAGUUUGCAUGUCGGCAGGAGCUGUACCUAUGGGAAGCACUGUCAAGGCAUUUAAAUGUCCCCCAAGAUAUUGUACAGGCCUUAAGAGAUUUCCUCCAUCUGGUCAUGGACCACAUUGAAAAUGCUGAAGUUACCAGCAGUACUGUUGAAACUGUAGCUGGAGAGAUGGGGCGUCCCAGGUACAAUUUAGAGGAGGAGAGACUUGUUGAGCUUUUGGAGAUAAAUCUGUCUGUGGACUGCAUCGCAAAGUUAAUGUGCGUUUCAGCCAGUACAGUCAACAGACGUAUGAGGGAGUUUGGUCUCUCUGCCAGACAGAACUACAGCAAUGCUACUGACCAGGAGCUUGAUAAUGCAGUCCAACGCAUCAAAAAUGAAAUGCCCACAGCAGGCUAUCGGAUGGUCAAAGGGAGGCUAAAGUCCAUGGGAAUCCACGUCCAGUGGAGGAGAGUUACUGCAUCAAUGCAUCGAGUGGACUCGCUUGGGAUUCUUUCUAGACUGACUGGACUGGGCUGCAUUGUGUGA